CUGCUGCUUCCAACGUGUUUCUUUCCAUCCAGCUGCUUGAUUUGCAAUCAGGUCGUUUUUAUUUUCUGUAUGCUCAACGAAAGGGGUUCUAAAAUGUAAUCCUUUAAGACUAUAUUGAACUCAAAAAACUGAUAUUUAAUAGUUUUACAUAAACAGUUCGUGUGCCUCUUUUGUAUUCGGAUAGAAUAGCAAACGGGUGUUCCGCUGCUGUCCGUGGUACUGAAAGUCGAGGCGCCUCAUGAACUACUCAUGCUUUUUCUAUUUUGGCUAUAUGUGUUAAAAACUGAACUAUUGAAAAUGACUCGGAAAAAGACGUAUUGUGUGCCUCUUUGGGGAUUCUACGUGUGGGAAGCAGCAGUUCUACUCAGUUUGGUAGCAUCAAAGGAACCCGAAGGAGCCCGAAGUCGCAACAUUCCAAUGUCCCCGUCCGAUUUCCUGGACAAGCUUAUGGGAAGGACAUCAGGAUAUGAUGCAAGAAUCAGACCAAAUUUUAAAGGUCCUCCUGUGAAUGUGACAUGCAACAUAUUUAUUAACAGCUUUGGUUCAAUUGCAGAAACAACCAUGGAUUACAGAGUGAACAUCUUUCUUCGUCAGCAGUGGAAUGACCCCCGGCUGGCUUAUAGUGAAUAUCCCGAUGACUCUCUAGAUUUGGAUCCCUCGAUGUUAGAUUCUAUCUGGAAACCUGAUUUGUUUUUUGCAAAUGAGAAAGGAGCUCAUUUUCAUGAAGUUACUACAGAUAACAAACUUUUAAGAAUAUUUAAAAAUGGAAAUGUUCUUUACUCAAUAAGAUUGACAUUAACACUUUCCUGCCCUAUGAAUCUUAAAAAUUUCCCAAUGGAUGUGCAGACUUGCAUAAUGCAGUUGGAAAGUUUUGGAUACACAAUGAAUGAUCUCAUUUUUGAGUGGCAAGAAAACGGACCAGUUCAGGUUGCAGAAGGGCUCACACUGCCACAGUUUAUUCUGAAAGACGAAUCGGAUUUACGAUAUUGUACUAAACAUUACAAUACAGGAAAGUUUACGUGUAUAGAAGUGAGAUUUCAUCUUGAGAGACAGAUGGGUUACUACCUUAUUCAGAUGUACAUCCCUAGUCUCCUUAUUGUCAUUCUUUCUUGGGUGUCAUUUUGGAUCAACAUGGAUGCAGCCCCUGCUAGGGUGGCUUUAGGUAUUACAACAGUGCUGACCAUGACUACACAGAGUUCAGGGUCGCGGACAUCUCUCCCAAAGGUGUCUUAUGUCAAAGCCAUUGACAUAUGGAUGGCAGUUUGCUUGCUCUUUGUAUUUUCGGCGCUGUUGGAAUAUGCUGCCGUGAACUUUGUGUCCAGGCAGCAUAAGGAGCUGCUCAGAUUCCACCGCAAAAGAAAGAAGAACAAGGAUGAAAAUGUGAGGGAAAGUCGUCUCAGCUUUGCAGCCUAUGGAGUGGGCCAGUGUCUGCAGGGAAAGGAUGGAGUCACCCCAAAGGUGCCCAACAACUCCACACCAGCAGCAAAAACCCAAGAGGAAAUGAGAAAGCUGUUCAUUGAUCGGGCAAAAAAGAUUGACACUGUAUCCCGUGCUGGCUUCCCAUUAGCCUUCUUGUUUUUUAAUAUUUUUUACUGGGUUCUCUAUAAAAUCCUUUGGCAUGAGGAUGUACACCAGCAAUAAAUGUCAACCAUCCAAACCACACAGGGCUGGGUACAGAAUUAUAUAUUGCGAUUAGGAACUGCAUUCUGAGUAUUAUUGUCUGUGCAAUUCACUGCCAAGAGAAGACAUUGAGCUAUCUAUGCAAAGCCAAAGGAGACAGGUAUCAAUGAUUUCUAAAUUCCUAAUGCAUAUACAAUGACAGUUCUUAAUUAAGGUUUUUUCACAGCUUACAAGAAAUGGAUAAUUAGGACUUGUAUACCAAUUCAAUCUUAACUGUGUGUCUUACAGCUUAACUGCCAAUGUUCACUGAAGUAUAUGUUCACGCAUUUUGGUUACGUAGACCAGUAUUUUUCUGAGGAAUAAAAAAGAAAACUGAUUACUGAAACAAUAUUCGUACUAGUAACAAACAAUGUAGGAACCUUUUUGUUUUCUUAAAUUAACCAAAUUCUUUCUACUAGUUUUGUGAUACCAGUAGUUUUACUUCCUUUUCACAACAAUGGUGCAAAUUCCACUGUCCCUUAAACAAAACAUUAUGAAAAUGAGCUUUAUUCAUUUAGGUGUUGUAUUAUUAUAAAUAUUUUAAAUAGAAAGUGUUAGGAUCCCAUUGCGAUGCUAGAUACUUGGUAUUGUCAUUGUUAUACCACCAUUGCAAUGCACACAUUUCACUUUCUGAAUUCAACAGUGGGGAUCCUAACACACAAACUAAUGUGUUUUCAGAUAUUUGACCAAUAAAAUGCUAUACACUAGUAUUCUUAUAAAAUACUGAUCAUGACGAUGAUCAAUGCCAUCAUGAGUCUUAUUCUUUUUCACUUUUAAUUUCCAGUGACAAAUACACUGCACUACUCACUGAAUAAGCAUAUAAGUUUAGAAAGCUGAAACUAUAGUGUCUUCAUGUUUGAAUCCUUACACAAAACAUAAAAAUAAGCUUACAUUAAUGAUCGCUUGUGGCCUCUCACCAUGCCAUCCCCUAUGAAAUCCCUGAUUUCUCCAAGUAAAAAUACUUAAUGAAUUAAGUGACGGCUGUAUUGAGAUCCUCAACAGUUUAGAUCAAAAAAUACACAUGGCAGAGAUAAUGUUGCUUUGUAUUCUUGCAAUUACAGUACUGUUACUAAGGCUUUAAAGUUGUACAUGUUUUAACAGUAAAUGAAAAUAAAAUACUAAACACCUUAGUAUUAAAGAUUUAACCAAAAAAGUACUGCUUUGAGGAUCUUGCCUUGGUUAAUAAUUUAUACAGUAGUAUGUUGAGGCAUUCUAAACCACUAAUUUCAUUUUGUACGUGAAAAUGAAUGUAAGAUUGAAAAGAAAUACAAAUAGUAAAAUGGAAAGAUUUCUAUAAAUACUAGAGCAAGUCUAGUUUUUCACUGAAAACAGUUUGAAUGGUGAACAACCGUGAUCUCUUAAACAUGGAUUUAGAGCCUUGAAUGUUCACCC